AUGACCAGAGAGACAGAGCACUUGGACUUCUUGUUGCCAUCGCAAACAGCAGCAUCACCGUCCAAUGAUGGAAUACCGGUAGGCAGAAAAGCCAUGGCGGCCACUUCACAACAACUCUCCGCACAGCGUACCUUUGAUUCAGACGAUGACCUACUCGUUGACCACGACGUUGAUGUUGUCGAAGAAAAUCCUGCCGCCGUUAUAAAUACACCCAGCACCAUCCUUCAAUCCUCUCCUGCAUGGGAUUGUAGAGCCGUGCACUGGCCUCCUCGUUCUUGGAAGUCGUUGGCUGUUCAAGGACGUGCCUAUGCAGAUUCUUUGAAUCUCAUAUUUGAAGUUUCAUGCCUUGGAGUAUUCGUGCUCGUUUGCUACAUUCUCCCAAACAUUCUGAUUCCAUCGCACCAACGACCAAUACCAAUCCAGACUAUAGGAGACGGUGAGGCCUUAAUUGAUCUAACUUUUGACAAUGAGUACCACCAGAAUGAGACAGUGCCAGGUUCAUUACUAGCCAUCUUGUGCGUCGGGAUUCCAUUUGUACUAUUUGCUUUGAUGGGUACUUUCUUGGGACCUCGGGGAGAUGCUCAUGCUGCCCUGUGCAGCUAUCUCUUGGCAAUGGCUCUGAAGAUCUUUGCGGUGGCCUGUAUAAAGAACUAUGCUGGAUACCUUCGACCCAACUUCUACAACAUGUGCCAAUUCAACUCCAAGACUUUGGUGUGUGACGACGAAACGACAUCUGCGCGGGAAUCCUUUCCAUCUGGGCAUGCGGCGACGGCUUUAUCUUCCAUGACAUUGGUUGCACUGUUCUUCCUGGGAAAAGUACGCGGUGGGACACGGCAGCGGGGUGUCAUGUUGGUGAAUGAUGACCCUUGGAGCAUCAUAUGGACGCCGUCCUUGGUGUCAAAGCUUCUGGCAGUGCUGGCAGUCUCGCCCAUUAUGUUUGGGAUGCUUAUUGCGGCAUCACGUGUACGUGAUGGUUGGCACCAUCCAGCCGAUGUGGUGUGCGGAGGAGUUGUAGGGGUUGGAUGUGCUCUGUUUGCCCACAGCUUGUGGUAA